AUGAUGGCGGCACUUCUUCAUCUUAUCACUCUCUUCUCUCUCUCAGCCAUAAUCCUAACAUUAGCAGAAAGUAUAAGCAUUGACUGUGGAUCAACGGGAUCCUACGUGGACUCCAACAAUGUAACAUGGGUCGGAGAUAAAGGCUUCGUCACCACCGGCGAGCCCAUGAAGAUUCCGGACGUCGUGACGAAGCCGAUCAACACUCUCCGGUACUUCCCAUCCGGUCAAUCCAACUGCUACACAAACAUUCCGGUGACAAAACGCCGAAACACUCUCGUGAGGACAAAGUUUUACUACGAGAACUACGACGGGAAUUUCUCGCCCCCAUCUUUCGACCUAGUUUACGACGGGAAACACCGUGAUUCCGUUGAAAUCACUGAGUCUCUACUCAACGACGAGGAGACAUAUUAUUAUUCAGAGUUGAUAUUUUCUCCCGCGAAUGAGAAUAUUAGUAUAUGUCUCUUCCGUACGUCGCCAUCCGAUAACCCUUUUAUAUCGUCCAUUGAAGUUUACAGUUUAGACGUCGGCAUGUACGCCGAUCUUGGUCCCAACGAAGGUUUGAUUACCCGACAAAGAACUACUUGCGGUGCUAAAGAGAGUAUAAGCUACCCGUUAGAUCCUUACGGUAGGCCAUGGUACCCGUUAGGGUCCGACGACACACUGGCCGAUCUAACGACAUCAGCUCCAUCAAUAGACAUCACCGGGGCGUCGAACAAGCCGCCAGAGGUGGUUAUGUCGAAGGCAACGUCAUCGUUAGGAAAAAUCAUUAAACUUUCCAACCUGGCUCUCCCCUUAACCGGUCUACCAGUGUACUUGGCUCUUUACUUCUCCGAGCCUCAGAGUCUAGGCCGGACCCAAAAACGGUCAUUCAACGUUUUCUUGGACGACACACAAGUGGGUUCGGGUCCCAUCGUACCUGUUUUUGGGAAAGCAACUCAAGUCGUUCUGAGAGAUGUAGUGGCCACGUCAGGGUCCCAGAUAGUUUUUCAGUCCACUGAUGACUCGGUUUUGCCGCCCAUCAUCAAUGGUUUGGAGCUCUAUGCGAUAAGUAACAGCCGAAAUGGUGGAGGUGGAGGCGGAGGCGGAGACCAUAGCGGUGGUGGCAAUGGUGAUUCUGAAGGUUCCGGAGGAGCGAUACCACGUGCAAACAACGCGGUAGGAGGUUUGUACUCUGUACUCACAAUCUGGCAUGGAACAGGCACAGGGAUGUCGCCUCUAGUUGGACAGCAAUUUGCUAGUGACACGAAUGAUUCGGUAAACAUAGACUGCGGAACGUCAUCAUCGAGUGUAGACGACAACAACAUAAAAUGGGUUGGAGACAAAGACUUUAUCACAUACGGAGAGUCCUCCACAGUUUCCUCCACCACCGUCGAGAAAUCCCUCACCACACUCCGCUACUUCCCUACCGGGAAAUCCAACUGCUACUCCAACAUCCCGGUCACAAUAGGUGGGAAGAUGCUAGUGAGAACGAGGUUUUACUACGGGAAUUACGACGGUAGAUCUUCCUCCACAACUUUUCAAGUAAUGUUCGACGGUAAUCACAGCCGCACCAUAUUGAUAUCAUCGGCGUUUGAUAUUUACAUUUUGGAGCUGAUAUUUGUUCCGGCUAGCGGAGAGACCAGCGUUUGUUUCGUGCGAACCUCUUCGUCGUCAAACCCUUUUGUUUCUUCCAUUGAAGUUGUAGGCAUGGCUUCAGGCAUGUACGACGAGAUUGGUCCUGGCGAAGUUUUGUUCUACGGUUCUACCAAGCUCGAGUUGCGUUACAGGCCUAACUUUUUGUACACUGUAACUACAUCCACAGCCACAUCCAUCGACACCUCUAUGGCAUCAAACAAGCCGCCUGAGAUCGUUCUUCAGAACUCUUGGUCGGGGCAAUGGCUUAAAACAUACUUUUACCUUGAAUCCUUGAUCGUAUUGGAAACCUAA